AUGGAGGAAAUAGUAGAUGCUCAAAACACCGCAGCGGAUAGAAUCCAACAGCUAGAAUCGCAGCUCGCAAAGUAUGAAAUGAAGCUAAUGGAUCUGGACUCUGUAGGACCGCUCGAGAUGCAGCAACCUAAGGUUACACCGCAUCCCUGAGUCGAUACAAGUGGUUGAUCUACCAACGUUUGUAAACAGCUUCUUCAGAACGCUACUUCCCGAGAUCCCAUCCGCUACGCUCUUCCUGGACCGACUUCAUAGGGUUCCAAAGCCAAAACACAUCUCUACCUCUCCCGAGGGAUGUACUGCUGAAAGCCCAUUAUUUCCACCUUAAAGAAAUGUUGCUACGCCGAAGCUGCACAGCAAAGGAGUUACCAACCGAAUUCACCAGCAUUCGCAUCUUCUCUGAUUCUUUCGGCAGCUACACUGAGCCAAUGGAAAGCAUACCAACGGCUUACAGAUGUCCUACGGGAACAACAAAUAAUCUACCGCUGGGGCUUUCUUACCCGCCUGAUCAUCAUCAGGAAUUGUACCACCUCGGUAGUAGUAUCAGUGGAAGAAGGCGUGCUCCUCUUACAGCAGUGGAACUUGUGCCCGACUGAAGAACCGGAGAGCACUAAAUCACUGCGGGGUCUGAAGCGAGAAUGGUCCCCCCUGGCUAUAAACUCAAAGUGGCACCCUGCAAGUAUACAGCGUUGCCAACACUAG